CAGUGACUCCGCGCUCCAGUUAAAACUGCCGGUUUUUGCGCGAAAUCCGUAAAAUCCUGCAGUACUGGACACUUCCACGUGCGUAAAAGAGUAGCUAACUUUUACGUAACACCACCCUGAGUGGCAGGAAGUCUAUUGUGUGCGUGAUUAAACUAACCACGCCAGGAUGUAAAUCCUCUUUGCUCAUCUUGUGAAGUGUGUUGCUGCUGUGUUAAACUUUCGGACAGCCGUGUCCUUCUCCUCUGCUAUUCACAGUCGACUGAGUCAGUCAAAUCUGCUGACCAGGUCCCAGACCCAAGGGGCGGUCCUUAACGUGGCAUCAUCGGUGGGCGUGACCACGCCCACCAGUCGGCCUCUGCCACCAUCUGGUGGACAGCCUGACUAUUUACACUCAAACUCAAAGGGUGUUUUACUACCCCUCACCACUAGGGGGGGGUACACUGCCACAUCGCCAUCUGGUGUUUGAUUUGGGUAACUGCAUACAGUGCAGAAAGGUGCAUCUCAUUUGUUUGACCACCAGAGGGAGCCACUUAGCCACAUAGCUGUGUCGCCACCUGGUGUUGUACUUGUGUAAUUGCUAUCAUCCUGUAGAGUGCAUUUAGAGUUUCUGUCGCCAGAGGGUGCCAAUUUCAAACAAACUUUUCGUUAAGUUAAUAAAGGGAAUUUGCAUUGUGGUUUGGUUAAAUGGUUUCUAAAUAAGUAAACAAAUAACUGCAUUCAUUUAAUCGGUUAAUAUUAAAUAGUUAAAUUUAAGUUUAGGUCUGCUCUCUCAAACAUCACUCUUUAUGUUACAUUGAACCAAGCUAAAUAGCUAUCUCCAUUGAGUAACUAAUCACAACAUAAAAUAAUUAACUGGUCAUUUUAAUCAAUUUGAUUAAGUAAAGUUAAUUAAAAUUUUGUUAAUUAAUUAUUUUCAAUUUAAUUCAACCAUCUUCAAAUAAAUUAAGCUUAAUUAUUGAUCGAUUAAGAUCAAUUAUUAAUAACUGAUUGAAAUUAAUUAAUUAAUUAACCAUUAAAAAAAAAAAAAAAAAAAACCUAUCCAGUUAUCAGUUACUCAACCAUAUACCCAGCACACCUGUGCUUAAUACAUAGUUAAAUUCUCCCAUCCUGUACAUAGUUAAUAACUAUACUCAUAUUUAGACAUACUGUGUAUAGUGGCCUACAGUUACUAAACUGUUCACUAGCACCACUGACAACAAAUCUAACUAUUCUUUCAAAAUUAAUCUACUAAUUGUAACCUUAGGUCACCCACUUUUACAGAUUUUCUUCUUAGAAAAGGCACAAUGCUAAUUGACUCGAACAUAAAAUAAACUUGUUUGUCAUCAAAAUUGUUUGAUUCCACGUGCUUUACGUAAAUCAAAAUGUGUGUCACUGAAAAAGCUCUUUUAGAGCUUACAGCUGAUUUACCCCCAGGACUUACCGUCCCAGUCCAACAAAUGGACAGUGGGGGUCUCCAUGCACUAAUUGCCAAAAGCCUCAAUGAGUGUGUAUCUAAAAUCCUUGAGGGCAAGCAACAAGUGGAUCCGAUUUCCCUAAUACUGUGGAAACAACUGCUGUUGUCACAGGAUCAACUUGCUGCUUCCUCCAAAACCAUUCAAAAUCUCCAAACAGAGAUUGUGACCUUAAAUGAUAGAGUUGCAGACCUAGAGAACAACACUGUACAGUCUGAAAUGAACCAAAGAGACCUCAAAACCGAAGUGCAGCUGCUUCAAAAGGAAGCCAACAUAGCUACCCAACUUGCAGCUCAGUCACAGGAAAAACUAAAACAUGCUAUUGCAAGACAGGUUGAGCUACAAACUGAAUUAGCACAUGCUAACAAUGCAGUCAAAUUAACUCGAGACCAAACAGAGUUAACAUUUGAGCUGAUGAUGGAGGGAGACUCCCCCAUCAAUCCAGCUGGUAAAUCAGGAACCCCUGGGGUUCCGGACCUUAAGCAACAACCAUCCACAAAUACAUUCCCUCUAGUCUCCCCUAAAGGUGCUGAAGCGCCAGUAGAACCAAGGUUCACUCAGCUUUCCCAGCCACAUGGGACCUCUGUGCAACCUCAAGCACCCUCUGAUAGAGAGUUGGACAAAAUUGCGCGUAACAUCCCACGCUUUGAACCAGAACCGGACGGUUCUAAUGAUGUCCACCAGUAUCUUCGCGACAUUGACUUCUUCUUACGCCGUUUCCCCAAGGCCACGGUAGAUGAUAAAAUCUACCUCAUUAAGGUGUCCUCUAGUCGGGAAGUUGGACGUCUCAUUGAGCGCCAACCACCCCAGGUUAAGAGAGACUAUCCUGCUCUUUGCAAGGCUUUGGAGGAUGAGUUCUCCAACCACCUUGCUCAAACCGGCCUUGCUGCAGCUCUUGCAAUAAAGCAGAGUCGCCAGGAAACACCCCUACAGUACUAUCACCGCCUCAGGCACGCUUAUUUCGGCUAUAGAAAUGAGCCUGGAAUGGAGGAAGAGGAAGUUUUCAAAACAUUGUUCGUGAGAAACCUCCAUCCCUCCACCAGUCACUCUUUUGGAGUCGCAGCCUGCCCUCGUACGCUAACAAGCCGGCAGCUGCGUGAUUUGGCUCUCAGAGGAUUUGCUAAGUUCCAACAAAACAUUAAUAAAAAAUCAGAGUCAAAUGACGUCCUGAUAAUUAAUGAGCAGUCCUCCCACGUCAAGCAAAAAGGGGCACACAAGGCUCCAAUGCCACCUAAGACCCAGUUAAACCACAAAAACCAGAGAGUGUUCCACUCUUGGCGUCGCUCGUCCCUACAUUGGGCCGAGCAAAGUGACCAAAAGCCCUCCUAUCGAAGGAAAGGUAGGAUAAAACGCAGUUGGAAUGGCAAACACUCACAGCACCACGCUCGAGCACAGAGCUCCAGCAAACUUCAAUCUCCGCUCAGGAGAAAGAGCCCAAAGCACCACAAACGUUGGUGUCCACCUAAAGGGCACAAGCAUGAGACAUAUCCAACUAACCUGAGCACUAAAGACGGCAGUCUGCUCAGACAAUUUCGUAACGAAAUACGCAAGCAGGACAAUGCUGAAUCUGAAUUCUUGCCAAUUGUCCAAGCUCCAGAUCAACCUGCUUGGGGGGGUGCGAAAUCCAUCCACCCCAAUGCAGCCUUGGUUGUACAGCCAGACGCUGAAAACAACCACACUGAGGAAGCUUCUUUCCUCAGCCUGGAGGAUCCACCACCUAAACAAUUCUUGGGUUUCUUAACCGAGAAAGGUUCAACACCAAAAUUCUACCUAGCCACCUGGCUGGAAGAUGUGUUCGGGUAUGAAGCUCUUUUGGACACGGGGUCAGACAUUUCUUUGAUGUCAAAUUCACUUUUUGACCAGGUGAGGGCGACAGCCCGCCGAAACAACAAAAAGAUACCUCUGAAAAAGUGUGCUCUUCACCUUCAACCAUAUUCGCACACUGGUAUCACUCUGCAUUUUGCAGCCCUGGUGCACGUUGCCAUCGGUCCAAUGAGCCUCACCCAUCCAAUUCACAUUUCUCCAUUGGAGAACGUCCCAUUGCUCUUUGGCAAAGACCUCCUUGACCGGGUCAAACCAUUGAUUGACUUUCAGCAUCGUAGAAUCUGGGCACAGGUUUGCGAACCCCUGCCCUGUCCUAAGGCACAGGAUAGAGUUCAAUGCUAUCAUGUUGCUAGCAACAUUGAGCCACACAAGCUCAUUGAACCUUCAAAUUCCACGGGAAUCAAUGAGAAGCUCACUGUCAGGGUUCUGAAACCACCAUCCUCAGAAUCCCCUACCAUGAUUCUAAAACAAAACAUCUGUUCAUGGGCAUUGACUCCCUCUACGGCUGUAGAUGAGUACAACCCAAAAGCUGGAAAGUCAUUCACUCUUAACACAACGGUCAACGGUGAAAUCUUUGUUCCAUGGGCUGACAAGUCAGCUGUUCACAGACCACCUGCAGGUUCCUUGCCACGGACUAACUGUGAUCCUCUGUUCGUGCACCAAAAGGAUUGUUCUCUUCUUGUUCCUGCACCAGUGGUUCCAGACAAACACAGUCCUUUGGAUUCUUAUGAAUGUAAAAACAUUCCCACCAUCUACACAGAUGGAUGUGCUUUUCGGAAUGCUCAGAUCAAAUGGAAAGUUAACAUGACAAUUGGUGCAUGUGACAACACUUCUUUCAGAACACUGGCAUUUCACCUUGAUCCACUUGCCACUUACUGUGCAUCUUUCAGGAUGCUCAAGGGCCUGUUUGUUUAUGCCCCAGAUACACACGCUUCAUCUUCAUUCGUGGUGCCUCAGAGCCAUGGGGGGGAGAGCCUAGCCCAGGCCCUCGAUCACCCAUGGGUGGACCACAAAAUGAUGGGGGAAACACACCAAGCAUUCCCACAAUUGACAUAUCUGCCACUUGUUGGAAAAAGGCUAGUGUGUUUUCAUCCCCAAUCUUCAGAAGAUCUGUGUGGUAUAUGGCCAAUUCCACAAAUGGAUUGGGUCGAAAGACUCAUGAAAUUUGUUCGAAGGAACAAACAUCUCAUCACUGUGGCAGGUGCAUUUGCCAGAUGGAGGGGACGUCCCCCAGACCCUAUUGAAAUGGCUCAGGCCACAACUUUUUCGCUGAACCACACUUUCUCAGGUGUUGGUAUAUCUCACCGUUCUAGCGGUGAACUGCGGAAACACCCAAAACUGGGAAAAAGCACGCUUGGAUACCAACCAUUGUGCUACACUGCUGACAAGCUACUGGUGAGGUCCCAGCACAGCACUGGCAAAACAAUUCGCGAGCUCAGGUCUCAUUGGUUUGGUCCUCAUGCAGAGGCAGACAAACUGCCUCGCAUCUGGAACCAGAUCCCGCAUCGUCAGUGUUUUAUUAAACCGAUUCUCAAACAAGUUCACUGUAACCCAAUUAAACUAUGCAAAAGCCCCAUGGGACAAGUCGGGACCAAUAAUGCCCUAGGUUAAAUCAUAAUACGGGGCCACACACUGAGUGUCAUUGUCCACCAUUUUCUGGCCUGACGCAAUUGUUAAAUUGAGAACGUACCACACAUUCAUUGUCUGGAACUCACCUAUCCGAGUAGCAUAACCCACAACAAAUUGGAUAUUUUGUUAAACCUAGAGUUUGAAUCACCAUUUCAAACCAUUAGCAUAGCAGUAUAAUAAAUACGUGGAGAAAGGGGGGUGCCAAUUUUUUUUUUUUUUCUUCUCCUCUCUUCAGGUGCCCAAAACAUAUUUUGUUUCCCUUCUGACUACGUUUGCUCCGCUAUAUUGUUCUCAAUUGUUGACUAAGUAGUGGCUAAUUAUUGAAGCAUACCUUAUGGGUAGGUUGUCUUGAUAAAUUAUAAAGGAACAAAUAGCUAGCAAACUAUUUGUGACCCUUUCAUAGGCUUGUUGCCACACUAUCACAUUAAAUUAACUAUUUUAUUCAGAACCAAAAGCCAAUAGCUACAACAAAAAACUGAUCAUCAGAGAAAUUGUAUAUCCCUUAGACCAAAAACUCUGUCAGCGACCUUGUAGUAGAUUGUCUUAAGAAAGCAUGAUCAACAAGACACCAAUUGCAUGAAAGAUGUACCCUAACGUGCUCUGUCUACAGAAAUCCACGUUGACAUCGACCGAUGACCCAACGUCCAGUGGCCCAUCGAUCGAUGGGGGGGGAAUGUAGUGGAUUAACCAGAGGAUUUCUUCAUUGCUUGGACACAAACACACACUACCCCCACUUUACGGCCUAUAAGGAAACUUCGAACCCAGAACACUCUAAAAAAACCUUGGAGUAAUCUUUUUUUCAAACAACCUUAAAUUUCAAAAUGACAUUUACUGACUAUUUCUUCACUCAGCCUCGCUCGAGAGCCCUAAAUGCGAGUUUAGGGUAAAAUUCUGUUUACAUUCCUCCAAGUCAUAAACCUCGGAGUUAAUGUAAACAUUUGGAACAUUUGCAACACCAUCACUAGGACGGGACUGCGGACUUAAGAGAGUGUCAAAACUUAAUUAAUGCCUUGGAAAUUGUUAAUUCACCAAAUGUUGUACCAAUUUAGGGGUUUGUGCCUAGUUAUUUCUGCAAUCACUUAGAAAUAAGAUUAAUGAAAUUAAGAGAAAUGUUCUAAGCUUGGGAUUCCAUAUUCAACAUUGCAGGCUCAAAUUCUGUGGGGUGCAGAAAGAACUCCUUCCCCCACCAUCGUAAAUUCCGAUGCCAACCGCUUAUCUAAGCACUCAGCAAAGGGGAGGAAUUUCUCACUCAGAAGAUUUUGCUUAAAAUACAUAUAUAUUGACUAUAUAAAAAAGGUGUUUUAUAGAAUGUUUACUAAAUAAUGGUAUAUGUGUCUGGUAUAUGGUAUAUGUGUUUGGAUGUGUCCUGAUUGAAUUCUCCUACACAUUCAAGUCUGAAUCAACAAGGUUUAACUAGCAUUUGAUAAUUUAGCUUUAUUUGGUUAUCAGUGGUUUAACCAUGUAUUAUCUUUUAAGUGAUUUAAUUGGGUUUAAAUAAUAACAUGACUCUUGAUCUCUUUCUGACAGAGU